GAGGCGGGGGAGCCAGCAACAGGGCCCAGGGUGGCAAACCAGGUGCCCUGAUUGCCAGCCGGGCCCUGCCUACCAGGCCUCCUGGAGGGGCCUGUCCCCCAGGACCCACUACAGACAGGACAACCUGGAGAGUGGUCACCCCCAUUUUACAGACGAAGAAACUGAGGCUCGGGGAGACGGAGUGACUGCCUAGGGUCACACCCUUAGAGGGUGACCGUGGCACCCAGGUCCUCCUGACUCUUAGAUUCCAGGACCAAACCAGAGUGUAAACACACCCCCGUCCGCCGCAUGGCCAGCAGAGCUGGCCUGAACCUCGGGGACUUUGGCUCUCCCAAGAGAACCCGGAUCCCAGCCCCACCAGGAGCCGAAGCAAUGGCCUCAAAACCUGAGAAGAGGGUCGCCUCGUCUGUCUUUAUCACCCUGACACCCCCGCGCCGUGAUGUGGCCGUGGAAGAGGAAGUAAGGCGAGCGGCUUGUGAGGCCCGGCGUGGCCACCCCUGGGAAUCACCUGCCCCCAUGAAGGCACCUGGGGUUGGCUCAGUGGGGAGGCCCAGCCCCUGGAUGCCACCUGGCAGGGCUGCAGCCACAGUGCCAGCUGUGCCACCUCAGCUCUCCAAUGGAGGAUGCUCCCCGCCUCCUCCCACCCUGGAUGGCGAGGACUCACUUGCCGACCUGGACCUCCUCCCACCACCUCCACCACCCCCACCGGCAUACCUGCCUCUUCCUGAUGAGGCACCCCCUGCCUCGAUGGGGGUGUCACUCAUUUCAGACUUGGAGCAGCUGCACCUGCCGCCACCCCCACCCCCACCACAGGCCCCAGAAGAGGGACCUCCAGUCCAGUCUCAGCCCAAUCAUCUCAGGCCCAUGAAGGAGGAGCUGCCGCCUCCCCCAGAAGAGCCUGUCGGCUUCCCUGAGAGAGAGGCAUCCACAGAUGUCUGUGCCUUCUGCCACAAGACUGUGUCCCCCCGAGAGCUGGCCGUGGAGGCCAUGAAGAGGCAGUACCACGCCCAGUGCUUCACUUGCCGUACCUGCCGCCGCCAGCUGGCUGGGCAGAGCUUCUACCAGAAGGAUGGGCGGCCCCUCUGCGAACCCUGCUACCAGGACACCCUGGAGAAAUGUGGCAAGUGUGGCGAGGUGGUCCGGGAGCACAUCAUCAGGGCCCUGGGCCAGGCCUUCCACCCCACCUGCUUCAAGUGUGUGACCUGCGCCCGGUGCAUUGGGGAUGAGAGCUUUGCCCUGGACAGCCAGAACGAGGUGUACUGCCUGGAUGACUUCUAUAGGAAAUUCGCCCCCGUGUGCAGCAUCUGUGAGAAUCCCAUCAUCCCCCGGGAUGGGAAGGAUGCCUACAAAAUCGAGUGCAUGGGAAGAAACUUCCACGAAAACUGCUACAGGUGCGAGGACUGCAGGAUCCUCCUGUCUGUCGAGCCCACAGACCAAGGCUGCUACCCACUGAACGACCGUCUCUUCUGCAAGCCAUGCCACGUGAAGCGCAGCGCCGCAGGGAGCUGCUGAGACCACCUGCCAGCCCCAGCCGAUCCUCUCUGACCCAGCUUCCCUUCCUGACCUGCUCCUGCACACUUUCUGUCUGAGCCUCAGUGGACACCAGCCUGCAGCUCUGCCCAGUCUGUCUGGGACGCAGGGGGCUGAGCCACCUGGGCUGACCUCCACCCAGCUCAGAGGAGGGUGGCUGGUGGAUAGCACCCCAGAUUUCCAACUCCUCUUUCUGGCCCUGGGCAUUGGAAGGCUCCUGGACCAUGAGUGUCAUGCCUGGAGUUCCUUCUGGCCUUUCUUGAGCACUGGCCUGACCCAUAUCCGGGGGUGAGUCUUCAGAUGGCACCUGUGUCCCCAGCACUAACACUUUAGCUGUCUGUCUAGUGUGGGGAGCUGAGACUAGUCCUGGCUUGCAGGGCUGAGCUGUCUGAGGAGAAACUCCAAGGUCCCUUAAAAAGUGCUUUCUGAAGAUUUUGAGGUUUAAGUGAUGGGAAACAAAAUUCUUUGGAUUUGGGGGAGAGAAAUCUUAAUAGCAAACAUCUCCCCUUGGUCCAUACAUGUACAAGAAUGUGACCUAGUGGUGGCAUGGCCAUGGACUUCCCAGCUCUGGGACGAGUCAUGCUGAAGUGGGGCUUGGCUCAGGACCAGGAUGAGAGGGUGGUCUGCAGACACGCGAAGACGUCAGCACCUGCUCCACCUGCCUUCUGGCGCCUCCUCCUGUGCGCCACGGCAAGGCGACAGACGUGGAUUGAGUGACUGUUGUAUGCAUGGGCUGAGUAUUUCAUGUAGCCUUGACUGGGACCAUGCACAUACCACCCCCCCGACACACACACACUCCUCUAGGACGGUGCCAGGGCAGGUGUCCGUUCAGCCCCCUGGUUGUGUCCCCCAAGUCGCACUCGGGCCCCCUAGCCCAGGCUUCCCCAUAGCCACUGUCUCCACAAGGCCACACCUAGAAGAUUCUUCUUUGUUUUGAAGGAAAAUCACUUUUGUGGCUUCAUAACUCCUAAGACAUUUUGUAGGACAUGAACAAAUUCAACAAAGUGUUCCCCCUGGGGGCUUCUCGAUGUACCACGUGCUCCUGUGGGAACCCCAUGGCUCCGAGCACUGGGUGGGUUCCCUGGAGAUCCUCGAGGGGCCUCAGACCAGAGCACGGCUUCUCGCCCUAAGCUUAGAGCAGCAAGUUUCAAACGUCAGCAUUCACAUGUCCCCUCCACGACUUACCAUAACCGAGGACCUCUUGUUCUCCUUUCCUUUAAAUCAACAUACUAGUUUUACUCACUUUCAGUUUUAGCCUGUGCCAAGCGGUGUAUCCAUGCAAUCACGUGUUGAUGCACUAGUUAGGUUUUUCCUCUUAUACAUGAAAAUAAAUGUGUAACUAUUAGAAGUCCAUCUGUGUCCCUUCUAAGGUCUCACACAGGUCAACAUGGACCUUUUGUAGAAGUACUGGAAAGAUGUUUAUUGGGCAUCCACUCGCAGUGGCUUGAGUGUCCAGAAAGUGCCUGCACCUCUUUCCCCAAGACUGGGGCUCAGCUUAGCAGAGGAAGGAAUUCCUGCCCAGCACUAAAGACACACUGGCCACUCACAGGUGUGCUUCUCCUGGACACAGGCCACCAGCAAUGGGCUUGCCUGCAGGGGCCCUCUAGGGCCACCAAGUCCUUUAGAAAAAUCAAACCCCCCUUCAGGGCAUGCCCUCUGCACAUGCCCAGGACCGCUCUCCCUGUUGGGCUUGCUUGGAGAGAGGGAGCAAGUCAGGAAAAGCGCUGGAUUUGGGGAAAGACGACUCAGGUCUCAGUCCUGCCUCUGCUAGCAAUAGGGUGGACAAGUUGUUAACCCUCUGAGCCUUGGUGUCCCCAUCUGUCAACUGGGAACAAUAUCUCUCUCCUUGAGGGUUGCUGUGAUGGAAAGUGAGGUGUUGGGCUGGGGAGGUCUUUCUGGCCAUUGAAUCUGUGCUCAGCAUUCCCCAGGGGUCAUGUUGAUGCCUGUCAGUCAGACCACAGGGAAUGUGCCUGUUGUCAGCAAAGCUGGGUUUCUUAUGCUUGCUGCAGCAAGGGGGCUGCACAGUGUGGGGAGCCCUGGGGCGUCUCAGCAGCAGGGGUUAGGAGAGACUCAGAGCUCAGGCUGGUAUUGAGGGAUUUGGGGAGGAUUUAAGGAAAUAGGGGUUUGCUCUGGAUGUGUGCUGUCAGGAACCAGGGAUAAUUCUGUGCUUGGGUAGCUUUGUUCCUCUGUGUCUAGGUUGCAGCUGUGACUGGAAGGGAAGCAGAGCAGUUCGGUAGUGUAGGAGAAUGCAGGUCGUUCAUGCGGGUGUCCCAGAGGCACAGUGCUCAGGUCAUCUGCUGAGUGGUGUUGCUUUUGACCUUGACUCACAUCCUCAUGGUCACAGAGUGACCUUGCCCGAUGUGUGUGAACUGUGAGAUUCCACAGCCCAGCUGGGAGGGCCAGGCCAGCUCCUGGCUCUCAGGGGCCACAUUUCUUAAAGUCACCAAGUUUGGUUUAUUUUGUUUUUUCCUAUCAUUAAAAUACAACCUUGUACUGUGAUUCCUCA